AAUGUGCGCAUGCGUAUAAAAUUACGUGCGUUCUCCGGCCAAAAAUAUGUCGAAGAGGACGAGAAAACCUGUUUCUCAAGAGUUUAUUGACGACUCUGACGACCCAGAUGACACAGGCGCAAAGACGAAAAAAGUGAAGAAAGCAGAGGCAGCCGUAGCUAGUGCUGAUUCUGAUGAUGACAUGAUUGAGAUUUCUAACAAACGCUUUGUUAAUGUGAGAGUCUACAAUGGACGUUUUCUGGUGGACAUCAGAGAGUAUUGGUAUGAUGAUGGUGUCAGAAAACCAGGCAAGAAAGGUAUAUCACUGACUGUGGAACAGUGGGGUAGACUAAAAGAGGCAAUACCACAAAUUGAUGCAAAAAUUGGUUCUACAUCAAAAUAAUGCAUUUAAAUAUCAUUUCAUCACACAAAUAAAAAUUCAGACCCAACAUUAAUUAGUAUAAAGUAAUUUUAACUAAUAGAGUUCAUUGUACACAUGCCUAAUAAGUUUCUACUAUCUACAAUUAAAACCUAUCUCUACAUUGUCGACUCUACCCGUUCAUCAUUGUCAGCAUCACUACAAUAAUAGGAAAAUAAAAAAUGAUUAACUCAGUGUUUAUAUGCGUGUAGAAUUAUAUGCUUGCAUGCUGCAGGUGAGAUGUACUGCCCAUGGGGUAUAUAUAUAAAUGGCAAGCAAAGCGAGCCUUCUUAGUUUUAAUGCAGGAAUUGUUUGUAUUAUGUGAUGG